CUUUUGCAAACGACUGAAAUCAGUUCGAUGCGAUAUUUUGAUCAAUAAAGACUAAACAGCACAACCAAAGAAGAAAUGUUUUCAAAAAUUUUUAUUUUGGCACUUUUUGGUGCUUGUCAAGCUUCCAUUUAUGGUGAAGAAUUGAAUUCCGGAUUCAGUGGUUACAAAUAUCUUCCUCCAAAUAAAAGUGGUAACAGUGGUAGUUCUUCCGCAAGUCUCGGAAGUUCCUUACACACGUCCAUAGGUCUUGGAAGUUCUUCAGGAUCAAGUGGUUCCUACAGCCACGAAAGUUUGAGUGAAGGAUUAACUCUUGAAGGUCUUGGCCAAUCAAGUGGUUCCUCGUACAAUUCUUACAGCCAAGAAAGCCUUGGUGGUUCUUCCCAAUCUACUCAAAGUUCUUCUGGAAAAUCCACUGGUUCUUCUUACAUUUCAUACAGUCAAGGAGGCCUCAGUGAAGGAUUAUCUCUUGGCUCUGCUCAAUUAUCUGGUUCCUCUGGUUCUUCUCAAUCUUCUGGUUCUUACGGUCAAGCCUCAUCUGGGAAAUCCAGUGGUUCUUCUUACAUUUCUUACAAUCAAGGUGGACUUAGUGAGGGAUUAUCUCUUGGUUCUUCUCAAUUAUCUAGCUCUUCUUCUGGUAAAUCAAGUGGUUCAUCCUACAGUUCUUACAGUCAAGGUGGACUUAGUGAGGGAUUAUCGCUUGGUUCUUCUCAAUUAUCUGGUUCCUCUUCUGGUAAAUCAAGUGGUUUAUCCUACAGUUCUUACAGUCAAGAAGGCCUUUCUGGAGGAGUGUCUCAUGGUUCUUCUCAAUCCUAUGGGUCUUAUGGUCAAGCUUCAUCUGGAAAAUCCAGUGGUUCUUCUUACGUUUCUUACAGUCAAGGAGGUCUUAGUGAGGGAUUGUCUCUAGGUUCCUCACUUGGUUCCUACAGCGAAGGUUCUUCUGGUAAAUCGAGCGGUUCUUCAUACAGUUCUUACAGCCAAGGAGGCUUAACUGGAGGUUUAUCUCUUGGUUCUUCUCAGUCCUCUGGUUCUUAUGGUCAAGGUUCAUCUGGUAAAUCAAGUGGUUCUUCGUACAGUUCUUACAGCCAAGGAGGUCUUAGUGGAGGAUCAUCUGUUGGUUCUUUUCAGUCCUUUGGCUCUUAUGGUCAAGGUUCGUCUGGUAAAUCAAGUGGUUCUUCGUACAUUUCCUACAGCCAAGGAAGUUCUGGAGGAUUAUCCCUCGGUGGUUCUUCCCAAUCACUUGACUCUUCUUACUCUUCUGGAAGUCUUGGCGGUUCUUCUCUUGGUGGUUCUUACUCCCAAAAAUCUUCUGGUUCUUCUUACAUUAGUCACACCCAGGAAAAUCUUGGUGGUGGUUCCAGCAGCGAAGAAUACAGCAGCCACGAGGAACACCACACCCACCCCAAGUACCACUUUAAAUACGGCGUUGAAGAUAAACACACCGGAGAUAUUAAACAACAUGAAGAAAGCCGCGAUGGUGAUGUUGUUAAAGGACAAUAUUCUCUUCACGAACCUGAUGGUACCAUCUUGACUGUUCACUACACUGUUGAUAAGAAGAGCGGAUUUAAUGCCGUAGUUGAGAGAAAAGGACACGCUACCCAUCCUCAACACUCUUCUCACCACUAGUUUUUUAUUUUUUCUGGCAGUAUUGUUGUAUUUCUUUUUUAUGAAUGAAUAAAUUUUAUUUUUUUAUUA